UACAGAAGAAAGAAGAAAGAGGGAAAGCCACCUUGUUGCUAUGAUUGUCUUCCAUGUCCAGAAGGAAAGGUAUCAAACCAGAUAGACAUGGAUGUCUGCUUUCAGUGUCAAGAAGAUCAUUAUCCAAAUAAUAACAAAACUUUUUGCAUUCCAAAAUAUAUAACUUUCUUGUCCUAUGAAGAAUCUUUAGGCUACAGCAUUGCCAUUUCUGCCCUCACUUUUUCUUUCUCCACAGUUUGGGUGCUUUGGAUCUUUGUUAAGCACCGAAACACUCCCAUCGUCAAAGCCAACAACCGGAACCUCACCUACACUCUCCUCAUCUCCCUCAUUCUCUCUUUCCUUUGUGCUUUGCUAUUUAUAGGCCAACCUGGAAAGCUGACCUGCCUCCUUAGACAAGCUGCAUUUGGCAUCAUCUUCUCAGUGUCAAUUUCUUGCAUCUUGGCCAAAACUGUCAUUGUGAUUCUCGCUUUCAUGGCCACCAAGCCAGGAUCCAAUAUGAGGACAUGGAUGGGGAAAGAUCUGGCCAGCUCCAUUGUUCUAUGCUUCUCCUUUAUUCAAGCCACCAUUUGCACAGUGUGGCUGGUAACUUCUCCUCCAUUCCCAGAUAUGGACAUGCACUCCAUGACUAAAGAAAUUAUACUGGAGUGUAAUGAAGGUUCCACUAUCAUGUUCUACUCAGUCCUGGGCUUUAUGGGCUUCCUGGCCAUUGUCAGCUUUGCUGUGGCCUUCCUAGCCAGGAAGUUGCCUGACAGCUUCAAUGAAGCCAAGUUCAUCACCUUCAGCAUGAUGGUGUUCUGCAGUGUUUGGUUGUCUUUUAUUCCAACCUACCUGAGCACCAAGGGGAAGUACAUGGUGGCUGUGGAGAUCUUCUCUAUCUUAGCCUCCAGCUUGGGGCUACUGGGUUGCAUCUUUCCCCCAAAAUGUUACAUCAUUUUGAUGAGACCAGAACUGAACAACAAAGAACAACUUAUGAGGAAAAAAGUAAAGAAUUUUAAGCCCAAAUAG